UUGUACGCGAACAAGCAACUCGACGUGCAUCGAAGGACAUUGGACGCGGCCACUUAGCUCGUAGCCUUCGCUACCACAGCUGCUCCAACGGUAUACGCGCGCUCUGAUUGGUCAAUGUUUUCCGUUAAUAUCUCCUCAACGAAGCUUCAUCCGACAUUUUCGCAAAGGAAAAAGUUGUUUCAAAUCACCUCCCGAACCACCCCUUUCAAGGAACUCCAACAUUUUUGGACACCCUGUAUAUCUACAUGCGCAUCCAGAAAGGCCAUCGCUCACUAAACUGUUCUGUGAGUUACAAACUUGGACAUGUUCCCAUCGAUGGCGCCAGUGAUACUAAAACCAGUAUUAGUAUAGUAGUACCCGAAGCAGAGUUAUAGCUGAAUUUUCAACAGCUUCACACUUGAAUAAAUAAAUAAAUAUUACAGUUAAAAGAUUGGCUGCUACUAGGAAGCGGUCGCUACAAAUUUUGUAAGCUGAUCCGCUCAUAGAACAGCUUAGUGACCGUUGGCCUUUCUGGAUGCUCCAUAGUUAUUUGCUACAUGUAAUGCCAAUCAACGUAUUCAUAUUUUCAUAGGAGACUAACCUAUUUAUUGUUCUAACGAAGUUGUAAAGUAUUCUUCAACAAUGAUCGUCGCAACGUUUAAUUGUUCUUACAUAAUCAAUCGGUGUGUAUCGAAUGUCAGGACUAAUAGUGCCCGUUACCUCAGCUUCAAAACAGUUAGAAAAACUGUUACUAAUUAUUUUCGAUCUGAGGAUCCAAAGCCUCCUUACAAUCACAUCGUUCAAGUUGGCGACCCUGUCUUACGGACGAAAGCGACGCCAGUGGAUAAAAAUGUAAUUGAUACGGGGGAAUUUCAAAAGGUACUAGAUCAGUUAACCGAUGUAAUGAGAAGGUAUGCUAUGGUGGCACUAUCUGCGCCACAAAUUGGUCUUCCUUGGCAAAUAUUUGCUAUUGAAUUAACGGAUAAAAGUUUACGCAAGGUCAAUAACGAGCUUCGAGAUAUCUGCGAAAUGGAGCCGAUUCCGUUAAUGUAUUUCAUUAAUCCAAAAAUGGCGAUUCGGAAUCCGAUGGAAGUUGUGCUUAAUGAAAUAUGUGGAAGUAUUGUGGGGUUUACAGCGGAAGUUUCGAGAGCGAAAGAAGUGGAAAUCAAUGCUCUUAAUAGAAUUGGUGAACCGUUUUCAUGGCAUGCGAAAGGAUGGGCAGCCAGAAUCGCUCAACACGAGUUCGAUCAUUUACAAGGUAAGCUUUUUAUCGAUAGGAUGGAUCCAGCCACAUUUGAGUGUACAGUUUGGAAGCAGAUAAACAGGAAUAAUGGAAAAGUCCAACUUAAAUAUUAUAGAAGAUAAUUAUUAGGCUGAUAUUUAAAUUAAUUUGUAAUACAAUAAAAGCAUUAAUAUCGAAAAUAUAUUUGUUUAAUUAUUCAUAAAAAAGUUGAAAGUAAUUUAAAAAAUAGGGUAUUUUUAUUGGUACACUUUUCAGAUUACAAUU